AAAACAGGAAGAAGAAAAUGAUUUUCAGAUCAUUAAAAUAAAAAGUUCUGCUGAGCUGAUCUCACUGUGGUUCUGAUACCAUCAUCAUCAUCAUCAUCAGAAGAAGAAGAAGACCACCCUGUCCUUUCAGCUAUGACGUCAAAACAAACAAACCCACGUGAUCUCUUGGUUCGGGCUCGCGCUGAGUGGGUUGUGUCCUGCGUGGCCGGGGCGGUUCUGGUUUUAAACACGCUGGGCUGAACCCCGCGGAUGAACUCAAGUUUAAACACCCGAACCGGUUCUGAUGGGUCUGCUGCUGAAAUGAGAAAGUUCGGAUCCAGAGGGACUUUCGGUACCGAAGGAUAAUGGGCAUCACGUUCACGCGUGGAUCCGUUUCCACGAUGGGGUGGACAUCUCUGUCCUAGGCUGAAGGACCGGGCCCGGGUUCGGUUCUGGGGAAAGUUUGGAGCAGAAGUAUGAACCCGAGAGACGCGCUGCGUGUCUGGCUGCUGAUCCUGGCAGCAGAGUCCAGCUGCGGGCUUCCCACGGACCGGAACACGGAGUCCAGUCCUCAGAUCAGAGCCGAGGAGCAACCAGAAAACCUGCUGCAGACGCUUUCUCUUCCAUCUUCCUCCACCUCCACACAGAGCUGGCCCCAGCAGCCGGACCUCCACCCUUCACCUGCACCCGAGGGGGAGGAGCCUGGAGCCUUCAUCCUGGAUCUGAGGAACUUCCCUGAUCUGGCCAACGCUUAUGUGGGCUCCCAGAAUCCCAACAUCCAGGUGACCAUUGAGGUGAUGGAGGACUCCCAGACUGAGGUGGAGAUGGACCUGGCCAAGGAGAACCAGCGCAGCGAUUGGUCCGUGUCGCCGUCUGAGUGGAUGAGCAGGAAGCUGUUCUGGCCGCUAUUCUGGGAGAGCGGGCUGGUAGGAACCGGGCCAGAGGACUACGGCUACGCCCCGGCGGACGCUGUGCUGGGUGGAGUGGGAGCAGACGGGUGGAGCAAAGACGGAGAGACCAAAGACGGCUUCGAGAACGAAGAGUGGAGCGACUGGGCCCCGUGCAGCACCACUUGCGGACCUGGAUCUCAAAAACGGACGCGGUCCUGCGGCUAUGGCUGCACGGCAACAGAAUCACGCACAUGUGACCUGGACAGCUGUUCCAGCGCUGUGGUCUCAGAGACCGAGGCGACAUCGCUCCACCAGUUCAACAUCUCCGACUCCAGUGUGGACAGCUGUGAAAAGUGGCUGAGCUGCAGGAACGACUUCCUCCAGAAGUACCUCCACCAGGUGCUCACCCAGCUGCCCUCCUGCCCCUGCUCCUACCCCUCCGAGGCCGUCUACGGCGCCAUCAGCAUCCCGGACCGCAGGCUGCGCAGGACGUACCGCUGGAGAGACGCCAGCGGACCCAAAGAACGGCUGGACGUCUACAAACCUUCGGCCCGGUUCUGCGUCCGCUCCAUGCUGUCCUACGACGGCCCGACGCUGGGGGCGCAGCACUGUUGCUAUGAUGACCGGACGAGGCUGAUCACACGCGGCAAAGGCGCCGGAGCGCCGGACCUGAUCGGCGCCGAGUUCUCCCCGGAGCUGCAUUACCAGGUGGACGUCCUGCCCUGGAUCCUGUGCAAAGGGGACUGGAGCCGGUUCCACUCUGCCAGGCCGCCCAACAACGGGCUGACCUGCCCGGACAACCCGGCCGAACCGGCGUUCCAGACGGAGCUCAGAGAGGCCCGGGAGUACUGAAGGCCGGUUCCGAGAGACAGAACGACCUGACCAAGCCUGAAACCGUCGGACCUGAGCAGCUGUGUGUGUGUGUGUGUGUGUGUGAGCUUAUUUAUUAUCCAGGGAACAUUUACUAUGGAGGACAUUCGUAUCAUAGAGCGGCUCAACAGGAAGCAUGUUAUGGUAACUGUAAAAUGUCUUUAUUAUUAUUAUGAUUAUGAAUAUUAUGAUUAUGAUUAUUAUUAUACGAGUGAACACACAAUUGCUUCUUUGUACUUUUGAGUUUCUGUGCGAUGAAUUUUUUGCAUAGUGAUAAAAACUCUUGCUACAAAAUGGAGCCGUGUUUCCCUCAGCCUGCUGGUUGGUCAUGUUGUGACGUCAUGGCCUGCAGUGCGUCCCAGUUUUCCAUGUCUGGUAUAUAACCAUUCAUUGUAGCUUUUAAACUGGUGAUACUGGUCCUGUGUCCAGACAGAGGAUGGUCAGUAGGACCAGCAGUUCUGAAGCCUGUUUGUUCUGAAGAUCCUGCAGCUUCACUUGGUCUUCCUGACAUGGCGCCAGGAACCUCUGAGCUCUGUUAAGAUAAAACUACAUCUUCUGAAGUUUAGAUAUUGGCCUCAAACCAGAAGUUGGCCUGGAUUUUAUUUCAAUGUCAUUUGUGAAUGUUGCUCCUGAUUUUCCACAGUGGAGCUAGAAAGGUUGAAAAAGGUUUUGGAGAAAGUUUCAUCAAUGUGACCCUAAACACAAAUGACUGGCCAAGGCCAGAGGUCACUGCAGUGAAAUUGAUUAAGCUUUUCUUCACAUGAACAAAGAUGGCAGGUGCAGAAUAUAUACAAAGACGUCCAAAGCAGGUUAAGAUCAGACACAGCAGGACCUUCAGUGGAAGAGUCCAUCACCUUCAGCGGGAUUUCUCAGGAGUCUGACCACAGAGCUCUGCUUUUAAAGCCACAGGCUCCGCCCACAGGAAGUCCAAAACCCCCCCCCCAAAACUAAGCAAUUACUUCUAACUCAAAUAAAGUCUUAAAGUAUACAAAAAAUAA